AUGUCACCUAAAGAUUUGGUUAGAGCCAUAGUUUCUGCUCCUAAGCAAUUACACAAUGAUGAAGAUUCAUGCUUAGAUCUAUCGUACAUUACUCCUAGAAUUAUUGUUGCUGCUGGCCCUUCUGACGAUGUUAUAACUAAUCUCUUUCGAUCACCAGUAGACAAGGUUAUUAAUCAUUUGAACCAGCAUUUCACACUUAGUGAUAAACGUCAUUGGCAUAUUUGGAACCUUCGUGGCGAAGGGCCGGGUUAUAAUAUCGAUAAGUUGAAAGGUUGCUGGACAUACCAUCCUUUCCCGGAUCAUCUGCCGCCUUCAAUUGCAUUACUUCUUAUGAUCGUGGAGGAGAUUGACAAAUUUAUGUCCAAAUCUCCCAUGAAUGUGGCUCUCAUACAUUGCAAAGAAGGGAAAGGAAGAUCUGGCACCAUAUGCUGUGCAUAUCUAAUGUAUGAGGCUAAAAAGAAAGGUAUCUAUAUGUCUGUGGAAGAAGCAAUUGCAAUUUUUACUAGGAAGCGUAUGCGAAAGAUAUUCGGACCUGGCGUUUCUAUAAAGAGCCAAAUUAGGUACUUAGAAUACUGGAAAAGAUUCCUUCAGAGUUCCCAUAAGUUGCAACAAAACUUUGCACUCUAUAAUCUGGCAGACAAUGUUCCCUUUAACACGUCUCUCUCGAUGUUAACAAAAGUAACUAUUUUCAAGCCCACACUGUUCCUACUUUUCAGCAGAAUGAAGUUAUCAACUUAUACGUCCAAAAAUGAUGGCUUGAUUAAAAGAGAACUUGACGGCACGACUUUAAAAUUACCAAGUUAUGCGGGGACGUCAGCAUACUAUGAAAUAGCACUCAAUAAAACAAUUGAUUGCACCGUCAAAGACAUCUGCAUAUCAUUUGAAAGGCAAAUUUGCGUGGCCUAUGCUUGGUUCAAUCUCUUUUACGAAACUGUUGGUCCAAUCAAUAGAACGCUUCCUUACGAGUCGGGUGAAAGAACAAUGUUUGGCAGGAAAGUGAUAAAAUGGGAAGAAUUUGAUGGAUUUCGUGGUUCACAAAACAAAAGCACAGCGAAACUAUUUGACCGUCUAGAUGUUCAAUGGAAGUUUCAGUACUGA